GGCUCAGAGGCAGUUUUUGUAGUAACAGUAAUUUCAGAGGUUUUUGAGGGCUCAGAUGCAGUUUCUGAGAUGACAGUAAUUCCAGAGGUGUCUGUAGACUCAGGUGCAGUCUCUGAGAUGGUGGUGGUUUUAGAGGUGUAUGUGGACUCAGGAGCAGUUUCUGAGACAGUAAUAGUUCUAGGAACAUAUGUGGGCUCAGAAGCAGUCUCUGAGAUGGUGGUUUCAGAAAUAUCUGUUAUAAUAUGA